AUGUCGCGCCACAAUUCGGCAUUCUGCCCAUAUCAGUUUCCAAUGACAACGAAGACGACGAACCAUACCAAGGUCAACAAUGAUGAUGGUCACAACAACGAUGAAGCCAACCGCCAACAACCAGACGUGGCAGAGGAGCUCAACGCUCUUCAGUCUGCCAUUUCGAGAAUUUCGAGAAAAGUCUCAACGAAUCAGGUGUAUCUGCGAGAAAUUGGACACCGCAUCUCGCAACUUGAACGUGCCACCCAACGUCUAACCGAAACCAUGCAGCGUUGGGAAGACCAGCAACAACCACGACAACAGCAACAUGCACCACACGCCGAUCAAAACCGGCGCCGCCGUAACUCACCACCUUCACUGGAUAAUAGAAGAAACCAAGCAACUAACACCUGUGCAUUCUGUGGCGACGAACAUUGGGCCACAGACUGCACGCAGUAUCGAACCCUUUCACAGAGACGUGCACAAUGCUACAAUAGAAACCGGAAACUUGCCGAAGCCGCUAAUAAAAACGAAGAAGAGUUAAACCAAUUUGAGAACUUCUGGAACAACAUACGAGGAACUACCCUAAUAACAACUGCGGCAACAAUGACCAGACAGCUUGAAAAAAGACUAAUAGAACUUCGCUGCCACAAAAUAGCAAUGCAACACUACGCACGCACUUUACAAUCAACUUCAACACACCACCCCAUGCGCUACACACCAUAUCCAACCUUUGCACAAGAACCGUACCUGAAUGCGCAACAACACCAUCAAGUAUCCCCACACUCAAGAGAGGUCCUCAUCCAGUCUCAACAUACCUCCAACUGA